GGGUAUUUCUCUCUCUCUUUCUCUCUUUCUCUCUCUGGGUGUCUUCUGGCAGGAGGACAAACUGCUCUCACUCGACCUGUGAGAUGGGUUCUUUUCGGGUUCUCCUGCGCUCCGCCGCCUUUCUCCUGUUUUUAGUUCGGUGUUGGGCGAGACACGAUGAGAUUUUCCCUGUACAGCGGGAAGUCACCUUUGACAUCGAAGACAUCAUGAAAGGUUUCCCAGUACAACAAGAAAUGCAGACUCUUGCUCCAGACAUGUUAAAAACUCUUGUCCAAGGUGAUCCUCUGUUUGCACCACGUGGUUUUGGCCGUCGUCUCAUUACGGAGUAUCCUGUUCAGUUUCCCCCUGGUCAACCGAACUCUACUAACCUGGAGGCCAUUUGUCUGAAUAGAGACCACCGUCCGCUCUAUCCAAACUCUUACUUUCCGUCAUCUGGGUUUGGCCAGCUGAAGCGUAAAGCACAUGCUGUCAACACGAUCGAGGCCUGGUUUGGUGUUUGCUGCCAAGGGUACCAAAUGCGGGAGAAGGAAGUGACAUUGUGUUGUGUCACACAGGUGUGGGAGCUGGGAGUGGACAACUUCUGCAAAGAAGCUUCAUCAGUAAAGGACCGUCUUUAUCACUGCUGCAGAAAAAAAGGUGGUGACAGGUUAAACUGCUUCCAGAAUGAUGCUCCAAACCCAAACUAUGAAGCAACCGAGGUGCUGCCGGUGACACCGCUUCCCUCUACAGAAAACUAUGAAUUUGACCCCAGCACUUGCCAAAGGACAGAAGAAACAGCAGAAACUGUUGGAGGGAAAAAGCAGAAGAAGCCGUUUCCAUCUUCUACCCCAAAUAUUGACAUCAACUUUCCUCCUGGACGACCCACAGCGACUGAGAUCGACUCGCUCUGCCUCUACCGCAAGAGCCGCCCUCUCUACAACCUCAAGUGUCUUCCACGUAAAGGCUACGGUUGGCUGGCUCGUCAGGCAAAGAGCGUUAAUCGUGUGGAAAAGCGAUUCAAACAGUGCUGCAGAAGGAAGGAGAAUGUGCUCACCUGUGCUGAUAUGAAGUGGCGUGAGGAAAUGGACAGAUUCUGCAAUGAGGAGAAAGGGGCAAAGGUUACUUUCCCGUGCUGUGAGAAGACUCAGGGACCCGAGCGCUAUGACUGCUUUCAGGCCCAUGCACCACAACCCCGUUAUGAUGUGGAGCCAUUUGCUGGUCCUGCUGCUUCUGCUCAAGAGCACUCACUCAGUCACGUCUGCGACACUCACCACUUCAUCAAGCGCAAGUUACCUGCGAGUUUUCCUCUUCAAGUCUUUGUGAAGCAGUGCUGCCCCCUAGCGCCAGAAGAGCAGAGUUCUUGUAUUCAGGAAAAAAUUGAACAAAUGUCACAGAGGUUGUGCUCACUGAGGAGGCCUGUGUUCCCCAAGUGUUGCCGCAUCCCUUCUCCACAGGCUCCAGAGUGUUUUUCUACAAUUCUCAUGGAUGCUGUUACCAAGGCAAGCAGUGUUCAUCGUCCGAAGAAGAAAAAGUGCCCUCUGUCUUAAACCUUUGCGGCCUUUUGUUGUUGACCGUGCAGGCACUGUGCCUUUCAGAGUAACGGCACACCGUUAUCUGGCAGCCGAGGUUAUCUUUAGUCAUGAAAGGAAACUCUUCCUGCACCAAUCUUGCUUAAAAUAAAAAUAAUUUUUUUUGUUUUAAUUUUUUAUUAUGAACAAAUUUCACUUUAUGAUGGCAGGCUUAUUUGCAGUCAUCCGAGAGCACAUAAGAGGCAUUGCUAACAGUAAAGAAACAAACAAAAAAGUUUAUUGCUUUUGUUUUUAAGACAGAUUAUUGUCUGUGUCACUGUACCACUAUUUUUAUGGGCUGCUUUUACUUGUUUGAUUAUGAAUGUUGCAUUUUCUGGAUUAUUUUAGAGCUGCAAGAUCAGUUCUUUCUUUUUUAUAUGCAAAGGUUUAUGAUUGAGACCUCUAACAACCCAAAUAAAACCACAGAUAUUGCUUU